CAUCUAUCUGUAGACUGCAAAAGGUUCUUGAACGGUGUGGAUUGAAAAUAAUCAUCAUCGUAACUAAUUUUGUAGAUUCCAACUGCUUUAUUUUAUACGUCGACUCAUUAGGAUAUAUUACAACUGUUCUCCAGUUCAUGGACCACCAAAGAUUAUUGAGACUCAUAUGUUAGAUGCAGACAUGGAAAAUCAAGGAAAUUUCUUGCCACUGAUGUGCGAAAACUUAUCCGCUGAAUUGAAGAGAAAAGCUGAAAAAGAACUCAAUGAGACAGAAGAUUCCAUUAAAGAAGGUCUUGUGCACUUAAAAGAUUUCAUAAAAAGAACUAAUAUUGAUAUCUGCACAGAUAACGCUUUCCUCAUACAGUUCCUGCGAGGGGCCAAGUUUAAUCUCAGGAAAAGUGAAGAGAAAAUAAAAUGGUACCUUCGCUUGCAAAAGACAUUAGGACAUUUUCUACAAAACAAUGAUAUAGAGACUAUCGAGAGCCUUUUGGAUCUAAAACUUUGUGGACUGUUGCCAUACAGAGAUAAAAAUGGCAGGUGCAUUCUCUAUUCACAAGGAAGUCUUUGGAACUCCGAGCAAUAUAGUGCGGAUCAGCUUGCUACUUGUCUAAUCUUACUGUGCCAGUUCGCUAUAUUAUUUCCACCAACCAUGGUGUCUGGUUUGAAUUACAUCGGAGAUUCUUGCCUCAAGACGCACUGGGACCAUUGUAAGGUCUUCAAAGCUGCGACAUCUAGCAUUUCUUCUGUGCUUUCUCUACCCAUGAGACUUCAAAGAAUUGAUGUCAUCAAAGAAAGCUCUUUGUACCACAACUUUUUGACAGGACUGCGUGUAAUUUUGCCAAAAAAGAUUAAAAACAGGAUACACGCCCAUGGAAAAAACUUGACGACUUUGCAAGAUUCUUAUGGAUCUUCCAUUCUGCCGUUUGAAUUUGGAGGAACAAUGGGACCUCUGACAAAUAAUAGCUUCAAAUCACAGUUCCUGGAAUACGUUCGAAGCAUUAGAGACAGUUAUAAGUAUUGAAGUUGUAAGAACAAUAAACAGCCUUUCGUUCAUACACCAAUUGAAAAAUUCAUUAAAUCACCAAACGUUUUUAUAUUUGUUCUUAACUCUAUUAAAAUAUUGAAUAAUAUGGAAGAUUUAUGGUUUCAUUUGACAGAAUAUUGUCUUUUGUUAAAUAUUAUGGUCCUCUGACGCGUUUGGUGGUGGGAAGGUACACAAACAGCGUUAUUAAUGUGGCCUUAAAGCACUGCACGAACAGGUGACGUCAUGGAAACACACACACACAGUGCUUUUAUUAUUUCGUCACGUCGCGUCGGCCCAAAUUGGGAUGAAGUUGUGGUUAUUUUCCUCAUCGUUGUUCGUGCAAUACGUUUGGAUACAUAGCGUUUCGAAAAUGAAUGAAUCACUUGUAGUAAUA